UAAGCGUGCAUGUGUAGGCUGUCGUCCCGUGGACAACCUAGUAGAGAACACCCCUCUUCAGCAUAACCUACACUCUACACCUGUGUUUGAGAUUUUGUUUCUCAAGAUUGGGAUCUUUUGUUGCAUAGGUUGACUUUUGAUGCAAGUUCUUAUUUUUUUUUGAAGAUAAAAGGUAGCUCGAGGCCUACCUUAUAUUUCAAAGCAGGCGCGAGCCUGAUGCAAGUUCUUAUUGUUUAUCACUAAUAUAACUUCAGCUAAUCUUGAUCCGUUGUUGAAUCUUGUCGACACAUGUGUUGUAGACAUUUUAAUUUCUUACUGUUGCGUACAUGUUAUAUUUUGUGUUAAGAGAAAUGUUUAUUUGCGCAUCAUGUUAAGCGAAAAUGUUAGAUUGUUAUUGUUGCAUAUAUGCAAUAUUUCUGUUGCAUAUAUUUGGGCUUCGUUGCAUAGUUUUUUAUUUGACUUUUUGUGUAUAGCUUGUGCGCGGCCUCUGAUUUUGCGUUGAAUUUUGCAGGAGCCGCCAAGUGAUCGCCGGCUUCGAAUAACUUUGAUUAAUGUAACCAUACCUGUCAGUUGCUGAUAACGCUAGCUAACCCACUUGCUAGGCAAACAUCGCUACAAAUACUGCCGGCAGGUCACUAGCUCCGGCCGGCGCCCACCGAAGUCUACUCAAGUUACCAAGCUACCCAUCAUCUACCUCGAAGAAACGAGGGCCACUGUACGUAGCAAAUUUCCAUGGAGAAACCCAAGAGAUCAAGCCAGCCAUCACACAGGCGAUUCGAGUCGCUGGACGUCAAGAGGUCGUCUUCCUCGCUCAACAUGUCCACGUCUUCCCUCAGGAGCAUCAACGAGGAGGACAGGGGGGCCGCCGCCGCCCAUGCGGGCAGGAGGCCCACCGUCGUGAGGUUCGCUCCCACCCCUACACCUCCGCGACCGUCGUCGUCGUCGGGGACGAGGAGGGGCUCGCAUUUGGCGCCACAGCUGCAGGCGCCCAAGGCGGCAAGGCCUGCAACUGCUGCCGUGCGUCCGGCUUCGCCUUCCGGACCGAAGCCGGCCAGGCCGUCGCCUGCGGAGUCUGGACCGAAGGCGACGAGGAGGAGCUGGGGGUGCACGGGGAGCUCGGGUGAUCAGAAGGAGAGGGUGACCGGUGAUGUGAUCGGCGGGGAAAGGAGCAAGGGGGCGGCAGCGACGCUGGUGCGGAGUUCCUCGGUUCCAAGAAGCAGAAAGCCGGUAGAGGAGAAACCACUGCAGAAAAGGGAGAGCAAGACCAAUAUCAUCUCCAGGACUAAGCAAAGACCCACUGCAUCUCCGAAACCAGAUGUUCUCCACAAGCCCGGCGCGCAGAGAAGCCCCAGCAUUGCCACCAAGACGAGCGAGAAGCGACCCCCCACUCCCGGCGGUGCAUCGCCGGACGACAUGGUCAAGGUUUCUCCUCCCCGUUCGACAUCGGCGACGACGAUGGGCGCCUCGUGGGAAUCGCUUCCACCGGCCCUCCAGACUCUCGGAUCGGGAGUCAUGAGUUAUAGGGAUGCUGCAGAGAUGGCCGCUGUGGAGGCCAUGCAGGAAGCUUCUGCUGCAGAGAUUGUGCUCAGAUGUCUCAGUGCCUUCGCGGAUUUGGCCGCCACCGCCGGCAAGCAGUCGCCGCAGCAGACCGUGGACGAGUUCCUCGCGCUCCAAGCCGCGAUUGCCCGCUCCACCGCCGCGCUCGGCAACCAGCAACGGAGUGGCCACGCCGGCGAGUGGCUGCACGCGGCGGUCACCGCCGACCUGUCGCCUUUCUCGCUCUACACCGCCCCGUCGUCGUCGUCCAGGAAGCGGGGCACCGAGUCGCCUGCCGUCUCCGCCACGCCGAGGCCGGUGGCCGCCGCGGAGGAGGCCGACACCUGGCUGGAGACGGCGGCGAGGGAGCUCGGGGAGGAGAUGUGCGCGUGGUUCGUCGGGCACGUGGACCGGCUGCUCGAAGCCGACGUGGCCGGGACGCUGGGACAGCUCAAGAGGGUCAACGACUGGCUGGACGACGUCGGGCUCCGGACGGACGCCGUCGAGCGGCUGAAGCAGAAGAUCUUCGGGUACCUGCUGGAUCACGUCGAGUCGGCGGUGGUCGCGUUAAACGGCGGCGUUGCAUCCAACCGGAGAAAAUAGACUAGACGAGUGUAUAUGCUGUGCCGGAGCAAAGCUAAAAUGUACGCAAAUGAUAAUGCCACAGGUAUGGUAUUAAGUAAGACCGCCCUAACGUUUUUAGGCCCUCAACUAUGCGAUCGGUGUCACAUUUUUGUAAAGCGAGGCACGUACAAGCAGAUUGCAAUCAAACUUUUUUUAGCACCAGGCACACAACAUAGAAGAUCU